CCUUCCAAGCCUGCGACAUUCCACGUCCCCCAGCUAGCGUCCACCCUUCUCGCUCCAGGAUCUCCUUUCCUUUGGGAACAACUGCUGCCUGCUCCCAGCUGGUCCUUUCUGCAGGAUCCCGCUCUGCAGGGAAUAAAUAGCAGGGCAAAGGAAGCCAACAGAGCCAUGGCGACUCCCUCUGCUGCCUUUGAGGCCCUGAUGAAUGGAGUCACAAGUUGGGAUCUCCCUGAAGAUGCCGUCCCAUGUGAACUGCUGCUCAUUGGGGAGGCCUCCUUUCCCGUGAUGGUGAAUGACAUGGGCCAGGUCCUCAUUGCUGCCUCCUCCUAUGGUCGAGGCCGCCUCGUGGUCCUGUCCCAUGAGGACUACUUGGUGGAAGCCCAGCUCACUCCCUUUCUCCUCAACGCUGUGGGGUGGCUGUGUUCUUCCCCCGGGGCUCCCAUUGGUGUGCACCCAUCCCUGGCACCUUUGCUCAAAAUCCUCGAGGGCUCUGGAGUAGAGGCAAAGAUUGAGCCAGAGGUGAAUGACUCCCUGGGAGUCUACUGCAUCGAUGCCUACAACGAAACCAUGACUGAGAAGCUGGUCCAGUUCAUGAAGAGAGGAGGGGGCUUGCUCAUCGGAGGCCAAGCCUGGGACUGGGCCAACCAGGGCGAUGAUGAAAGGGUCCUGUUCACGUUCCCUGGGAACCUGGUGACCAGCGUGGCUGGGGUGUACUUCACUGACAAUAAAGGGGACACAAGUUUCUUUAAAGUCUCCAAGAAGAUGCCCAAGAUCCCGGUCUUAGUUAGUUGUGAAGACGACCUCUCCGAGGACAGAGACGAGCUCCUGCAUGGGAUUUCAGAGCUGGACAUCAGCAACUCUGACUGCUUCCCAUCCCAGCUGCUAGUGCACGGGGCCUUAGCCUUUCCCCUGGGGUUAGAUUCCUACCAUGGCUGUGUGAUAGCAGCUGCCCGCUAUGGCCGGGGCCGGGUGGUUGUGACUGGCCAUAAAGUGUUAUUCACAGUGGGGAAACUGGGCCCCUUUCUGCUCAAUGCUGUCCGCUGGCUGGAUGGGGGCCGCAGAGGCAAGAUCGUGGUGCAGACAGAGCUGAGAACGCUGAGCGGCCUGCUUGCGGUGGGGGGCAUAGACACCAGCAUUGAGCCCAAUCUCACCAGUGAUGCGAGUGUCUAUUGCUUUGAGCCUGUGAGUGAAGUGGGGGUCAAGGAGCUGCAGGAGUUUGUAGCAGAGGGCGGCGGGCUAUUUGUUGGAGCCCAAGCCUGGUGGUGGGCCUUCAAGAACCCAGGGGUGUCCCCUUUGGCUCGAUUCCCUGGAAACCUCCUCCUCAACCCCUUUGGCAUCAGCAUCACAAGCCAAAGCCUCAAUCCAGGGCCCUUCCGUACCCCGAAAGCAGGGAUAAGGACCUAUCACUUCCGUUCCACCCUGGCUGAGUUCCAGGUUAUAAUGGGCAGAAAGAGAGGGAAUGUGGAGAAGGGCUGGUUAGCCAAGCUGGGCCCAGAUGGUGCAGCCUUCCUCCAGAUCCCUGCAGAAGAGAUCCCCGCCUACAUGUCCGUGCACCGACUCCUGAGGAAGCUGCUCAGUCGCUAUCGGCUCCCCGUAGCCACCCGAGAGAAUCCCGUUAUCAAUGACUGCUGCAGGGGGGCCAUGCUCUCCCUGGCCACCGGUCUGGCCCACUCUGGAAGUGACCUCUCUCUGUUAGUCCCGGAAAUUGAAGACAUGUACAGCAGCCCCUAUCUGCGCCCUUCCGAGUCUCCCAUCACCGUGGAGGUCAACUGUACCAAUCCAGGCACCCGAUACUGCUGGAUGAGCACCGGGCUCUACAUACCUGGAAGGCAAAUCAUAGAAGUCUCAUUGCCAGAAUCUGCUGCCUCUGCAGAUCUGAAGAUCCAGAUUGGCUGCCACACGGAUGACCUGACCAGGGCCAGCAAGCUGUUCCGAGGCCCCCUGGUGAUUAACCGGUGCUGCCUGGACAAGCCCACGAAGUCCAUCACCUGCCUCUGGGGUGGCCUCCUCUAUAUCAUUGUGCCUCAGAGCAGCAAACUGGGUUCUGUGCCCAUCACCGUGAAGGGAGCCGUGCAUGCUCCCUACUACAAGCUGGGGGAGACAUCUCAGGAGGAAUGGAAGAGGCGUAUCCAGGAGAAUCCAGGUCCCUGGGGAGAGCUGGCCACGGACAACAUUAUCCUGACUGUGCCAACUGCAAAUCUGCGUGCUCUGGAGAACCCUGAGCCACUGCUCCGCCUCUGGGAUGAGGUGAUGCAGGCGGUGGCACGACUGGGAGCCGAACCCUUCCCCUUACGUCUGCCUCAGAGGAUUGUCGCUGACGUGCAGAUCUCAGUUGGCUGGAUGCAUGCUGGGUACCCCAUCAUGUGCCAUCUGGAGUCCGUGCAGGAGCUCAUCAAUGAGAAGCUCAUCAGAACCAAGGGGCUGUGGGGCCCCGUGCACGAGCUGGGCCGCAACCAGCAGCGGCAGGAGUGGGAGUUCCCACCGCACACCACCGAGGCCACCUGCAACCUGUGGUGUGUUUAUGUGCACGAAACAGUCCUGGGCAUUCCUCGAGGCCGUGCCAAUAUUGCCCUGUGGCCCCCGGUUCGGGAGAAGCGUGUCCGAAUCUACCUGGGCAAGGGACCCAAUGUGAAAAACUGGAACGCGUGGACCGCACUGGAGACGUAUUUACAGCUCCAGGAAGCCUUUGGCUGGGAGCCAUUCAUCCGUCUCUUCACAGAGUACAGGAACCAGACCAACCUGCCCACAGACAAUGUCGACAAAAUGAAUCUGUGGGUCAAGAUGUUCUCCCACCAAGUGCAGAAGAACCUGGCUCCGUUCUUUGAGGCCUGGGCCUGGCCCAUCCAGAAGGAAGUGGCUACCAGCCUGGCCUAUCUGCCUGAAUGGAAGGAAAAUAUUAUGAAAUUAUACCUCCUCACACAGAUGUAAGGAGUGCCCAUCGAGGUGGCAGGCCCCACUGAAAUUGAAGUCAAGAGACGGGAAGAGAACCGGCACACCUCGGCAAAGACAAAGGCAUUUGGUGAUACGUGAAGAUGAUCUCAACACCUUUCUGGGAGAGAAGAAGUGGAAGCAGCUUGAUGAGAGCGGAGGUACCUUUCAGACAGAUUAGAAGCUGAUCUGAGCAACAUGACCCCAAAGAGACUCGCGCAUCAGAGGAGUCCCUUAACUAAAGAACUGUACCCGCUGUAUAACUGACCCCCAUCCCCACCCCGACCCCCUAUCCCCCACCCCCGUGCACAGAACACAGGCGCCUGCUGUCGGUGCCAGUUAAAGAUUCCUUGUUGUUGUUGUUGUCAUUGUUGUUUGUAUAAAGAAAUUGAAUAAACUGCCUGAGGAGAGGUAAGAGUCGGUGCUCCGAAUAAAAUUGCUCUUUUUGUGGAAACAAGUUCCCCCCACCCCCCCACCCCCGCCAGACUAAAUCAGCUAAUUUUCUUCGGAAAGUUGAGACCGCUACCCAAGAGCCCAGGGCUUCCAUGCAGAGAAGCAGCCGGAGAAACAGACCUGUUCACACGACAGCAGAGGAAACGCCACCGACGCCUACCAGUCAGUAGUAGGGAUUCUGGGAUGGGAACUUUUAGCUAGGAAAUCCCACACACAGAGGGCAGGAGGCAAGAGCAGGGACAGAACAUAAGAGAACUAACCAUGUAGAAUUAGGGGUGUUGAACGUACUAUAAACUCCAGAGGGAAAGAAUAACUGAAAACUCACACCCUAUCUUCAGAGAGAUCAGAGAUGCAUUUGUAAAAUGGUAACGGGAUGCUGCGAAGAAAGGGAAAGCUGUGGAUAACAAAAGCCCCUUGAAAGCAAAAUAAGACUGAAAAGUCCCCCGUGGACAGGCUGGAAAGUGAAGUUGAGGGUCUCCCCAGAUGUAGAGCAAAAAGAAAGAGAAAAUAUGAAGGAAGGAAAGAGACCUAGACAAUCAAUAUCAACCACUAGCCAUUCCUAGAAGGGAGAACA